CUUUCGAUCAGCAUUUGUUCUUGCUAUCUGCUGCAGACGCGGCUGUACGCGAAGCUGACUGUGUUUGCGCUUACGACGCCAGCAGGACUUUGCACAGCGUGUCCGCCAAUUUCAUUGUCCCCCCUGCGCAAGGCGUGUCACGUCUUCCGCAUCCACACGAGCGCAGCGGUGAAGCUGCUCUGGAUCGCGUUGAUCUAAAGAUACGCUGGCAAAGAUGGGCUCCCCUUCACGUAUCCGUGAGGUAUGGGCCGAAAAUUUUGAGCAAGAGAUGACAGUGCUCAGAGCAUCUAUUGAUCACUAUCCAUACGUCGCUAUGGAUACCGAGUUUCCGGGCAUCGUUGCACGUCCGAUAGGAACAUUCAAAGGCUCAUCGGAUUAUCACUAUCAGACGCUGCGAUGCAACGUAGACCUGCUCAGGCUCAUCCAACUCGGCCUCACAAUCUGCGAUGCCGAUGGCAACCUUCCGCCACCUGGGCAAGCAUGCACAUGGCAAUUCAACUUUCGCUUUAGCAUCAACGACGACAUGUGCGCUCCAGACUCGCUCGAACUCCUCACAAAGGCCGGCUUGGACUUUGAUCGGCACGAGCAGAUGGGCAUCGACGUAGAGCACUUCGGUGAACUGCUCAUCACAUCAGGUCUCGCCCUAUUUGACGAUGUCAAAUGGGUCAGCUUCCACAGCGGAUAUGACUUUGGCUACCUCCUAAAGGUUGUUACAGCAUCACCCUUGCCGCCUACUGAAUCCGAAUUCUUCGAGCUGCUUCGCGUCUGGUUUCCAUGCAUCUACGAUAUCAAAUACCUCAUGCGGUCUUGCAAAUCGCUGAAGGGCGGACUUCAAGACGUCGCCGACGAUCUACAAGUUUCAAGAAUCGGGCAGCAACACCAGGCCGGAAGCGAUAGCCUUCUGACAGUAAGCACAUUUUUCAAGCUGAGGGAGAGGUAUUUCGACGGGAAAAUCGACGAUCGCAAGUAUCUCGGUUGUUUGUACGGGUUCACCCACUCAAACGGCGGCGCUGUGCAAUACACACGUGCAAGUUCAAGCCUACGAUCUCGGCCUACAUCGACACCAUCAACUGACCAAUUUAGAACAGCUUUCGAUGCAGCCCCCCCGCCAAUACCACCCAAUUCCUCGCCAUUCCGAGCAAACGCCCCAUCCAACCUACCCGGCUUGAAUGCUCUGAGCAAAAACAUGACAAAUUACUCCGGUUCAACACCCAGCGGCCCUCACACGCCGGUUGCGGGCCAGGGAAAGAGGUUGUUUGGAAGCACGCCCAUUGGCAGCGCUGGAGCUUGAAGUUGCCUGACUGAGCCUCACAUUGCGUCAAGAGGUUCAAGGCCUCACUAGCGAUGGAAGCGGUACUAUGCAGUGUCUUUAUACACUAUGGAUUCAGAUGAAGUCCAUCCUAAAUCAGAGAACGCGUUUGCCAUGCACCCUUGCUUCCACACGGGGCAAGCCGCCUCGCCUUGUAAUCCAUCCCUGCAUGUCUCGACCGUGGCGCUGCCGAAAACAGCUGUUCCCAUGUCGCAGCAGUACGGGC